AUGCAUUUCAAUCUCCCCUUCGUUGCUACCAUCGGCCUUGCCAGCGCAGGUCUCCUCGAGACUGCCACCAAGAGAGAUGAUACCUGGGGUGGCAGCGUCUCCCUCGGACCCUCCAAGUCAACUAUCAUCAACGCCGUCACUACAUUGAUCCCCGGUGCUGCGCCCGCAACCCAGAACGGCGAGCUCUUCCUUUGGCCUGGAAUGUCCAACGGAACCGGUGAUUUGGUCCAAACCACCCUUGAAAGCUGGCCUAGCAACGCCUGGUGCGGAGCGACAACCGGUCAGUGGUGUGUACGCGCCAGUGUCUUUGGAAGCUUUGGUCAGCUCGACGGCACAGGUUCCGCCGUCAGCGGAACUGACCAGGUGCGCAUCGAGUACAACCUGGAGUCUGAUGGACAGACCUGGAAGCAGACUGUCACCAAUGGCCAGACCGGUGCCCUUCUUUCCACAUACUCCCAUGCCUCGGGACCUUACAUGCGGGGCUACGGAACCGGUACUGAGUGUGACGAUAACUGCUCCGGAACUAUCGCUGCGCAAAAGUACUUAAACACUGUUAUCACUCUUGCUUCGGCUGAUACUACCUUCGGUUCGACUAUUGCCAAGGCUGGUGGUGCUACUUAUAGCGGACUGAGCUCCAGCCAGGGCGGCAAGGUGUGGACUAUCACUGAGAUUGACGUACCUGCCAUGGACUAA